AUGACGAUUCGUGAGCCCCACAGGUACCACCUGGAUCACUCCAGCGCCAGAGGCGGCACCGUGGCCACGGGCCCUCCGGGGGGACUGGUGCAGGGGGCUGGCCCUGGACGUGCACGGGGCCUCCCGGAGAACGUGGAGCCGGCGGCCAUCCAAGCCGUCCUGCAGCCAGUCUUCCUGCCCCAGGGCACGUUCGGGCUGAGGAGCGCCAGGGCCAUGAGGGUCGAGAAGGCCAAGGCCACCUUGAUGAAGUUUGUGGAGAACAUUAAUCAUGGCGCCAUCCCCAGGUCGCGAAACGGAACCAGAGGCAGCAGAUGGACCCAGAAGGGCAAGAAGAGGGACUCUGGAGGGCGGCCAUCCACAGCGGGAAAGCGAGAGUCCGAAGACUCUUCUGAGGAGAGCCUGGGGCUCGUGAUCCAGGAGAUGGACCGGGAGGACCUAAGCGGGGAUGAGGGUCAUAGCAUGCUGCAGGCCGCCGAAGAGGAGUUACUUAGACUCCUCUGCCCAGGACGAGGUGUUGAAAAUGGCUUCUGUGAUGGAGUCGCUGGGCUGAAGGACAAGGAAGACAAGAGACCCUGCUCCAGGUCUUGUCUGUCAUGGCCGAGAACACCUCCGAACCGCGUGAAGGUGCAGGAGGCAGCCCGCCAGGUGGCCACCGAGGUCCCGAGGAAGGCCAACGACAGCACCUGCUGGAAUGACUGCUCGGAGGAGGCGUCGAAGGGGGUUUGGGACACAGGCUCGGAGGAGGCGUCGGAGGGGGUUUGGGACACAGGCUCGGAGGAGGCCUUCGAGGGCGCGGAGAGCGAGGAGUCCGAGUCCGAGGACCCGGCGGCCAGGAAACCCCUGGCCCAAGCGGGCCCGCGCGGCCUGCAGGGCCCUGGGUCGAGCAGGCGGCUUCAGCUCCCGCCCCGUCAGGGACCCGCAAAGCCCGAGAGGAGGGGAGCGGCGGCCGAGGCUGGAGGGGCGCCCUCCCGAGACGAAAACCCAGGAGGAAGCGGCGGGAAGCAAGAGCAGGAAGGAGCGCGCGGGAGCCGGGACGCAGGCCGAGGCCGGCCCAGGGCUCAGCCGCCCGCGGCCUCCAAGUCGGCACGUGGUAAGAAGACGGGUUGGGGCAGGAGGCUGCACCCCAUGGGCCCCGAGGGGGCGAGGCUGCAGCUGCCGGUGCGGCCCCAGCUCCGAGGGUCCUCCGCCCUCCCCGCCGCGGAGGCGACUCCGGUCGCAUCAUGCACUGCCAGCUCUUCUCUGCGCGCCUCCCUCCGCUCGCUCUCUGGUCCUUUCAGUCCCUGCUUUGCAGGUGGCGCGAGCGAUCCUGAUGCAAGAAGAAUGUAA